CACAGCAACUGGUCGCACGUUUUCCCUUAGCGCGUAUUAUACACACUCGACAUUCGUCACUCGACAAAUACAGUCGAAGAGUCAGACCGAGUGCGUCGUAUUGUUGCUGCCACCUCGUCGCAUUGACCAAACGGUAUUGUGCUCUGCUAUCGCUUAGCCGCAUUGUAUCGUAGUCUCAUAGUUGCGGCAGUCGAAGUCGUAUCGGAAGUGUGUUUAACGUGUUUCGUGGAUUUCCGCUCUAACGCGACCACAUUGCUUGGCAGCAGCUGUCAAUCGAAGUUUCGCGAACUUAAAACUCAACUAAUUUACGGUUUUGUGUAUUAAUUAAAAUUUGUGCCUACGGAAAAAGCCUAGAACGUGGUAAAGUGUGAAAUAGUGUUGCGUCGUCUAUCGUGUAGUGUUUGUGUGUGUGUUGUGCGGGUAUUACAUUUUGGGCGCGCCGUCAUCAGUGUGUCGGGGAAUCUGUGUCACCUACCCAGAAGAGUGACGUUUGACGCACGGUCGCCAAAAUUGUUGACAACCGAAAAAGAAAGCAAGAAAGCGCUACAGCGAAAUCAAUGCGAAAACGUUGAACGUACGAGCAUUGCCUAAAUGCAAUUUUACUAAUUCACAAAGCGCAUAAAUUACACUUGCCAACGAAGCGUUGAAACUAAUUUGAACUCUCGCACCGAAAUUACGAAGGUCGUACACGUUGAAAAUGCUGUUGCCAGGCCGAGGAACUCUUCACACGCCGCCGCUUGCAUUGGCGCGCCUGCCGUUGCUGCUGCUCUUUGUUGGCGCGGCAUUGUCAGCCCGCUUUGUUGACGCGGCAAUCGCCUCAGCCAUGGACGAUGCGACGCAAAUUUUCGCUAAUAGUUUGACGAGGCGCGUAUUUAACGCCGACAGCGGUGGGAAUGGCUGUUCUGCACGCAAAUUUCAAUCGAUGGCCAAAGCUAUCGAUGACAUCGAGGAUCUGGAAUUGGAUGUGCCGGUUAACAUCGCUUUCGAUAACCAUCAGAAGAAGAGAUUUUUGCUUAACAUCAACGCCUCCGCGCCGUUAACCAUCACUUUUUCACAGCAGGUCGUGCGCAAGCUGUACUUCAAUCAAACAAUAAAUUUAUCGCGUUCACUGAAAUCGGAUCAACGCAUGGUGGUGCUGCCCUGUGCGUUGCGCGGCCACUACGAUGUCUUCGUGCAGGCCCGUCAGCGCGGCUCCAUCAAAAUCGAGGCGCAUGCAGCACAUCCGCAGUCCGGCUGGCCGCUGCUCAAUCGCACGCAUCACAUACGCAUACGCACGCAGAAUCUGGUGCGCAAUCGUCAAAUGAUAGUCAAGUGGGACAAGAGUAAAUUUGAUUUCCAUGCGGUGCAUUACUGCCUGGUGGUGAACACACAGCGGCACCAAUUGAAUUUCUGCAACGCCGUCAAUGACUACUUCUCCGGUGUGACGGCGCGUGAAACUGUUGCUGCGCCAGCCAACUGCUAUCCCGGUUCGUUGGUGGACCACAUAUGGUUAAGACCACCGGAGCGUGCUAAGAAAAUUGAUGUACGCAACGUCAACAUUAUCUGCACGGGCGCUCACACGCAACAGCUGCUGCGCGGUGUGCUACCGAAUCUCACAUAUUACUUGGAUAUAUUUGGUGUGCAUACACGCCGCCAGAAUCUCACCUUUCACAUUGCCUCGACACAAGUGGAUUAUAAUCGGACGCAUCCGGUUGCGCUGAGCGACAAUAUGCUAACCAUGCGGAAAAUAUCGGGGCUAAAUGGCGUGCAGGUCUUCAGUUUUAAGGUUCCUGGAAGAGAAACAAUAUUGCCAACAACCGCGCUGCAGCUGCGCUAUCUCAUUGUGCCGUGCGGCGGCAGUGAAAUCGAUAUAAAAAUUCUACGCAAUCGCACGCUCAUGGGGAAUGCGACUGGCAUAUAUAGGCCCACAUACAUACGUUUAUCAGAGGUGCACAAGGGUCAGCGUUACAUAGCGCGUUUCACGCCCAGCAACGAAGACGAGACGCUGCGCGCACACAAAGUGGGACUGGCUGUCACGACAACCGGCAUCUUUCAGCACCUGCCAGAGCUGCCGGCUGAUAUUACAGUCUUUGAUGUGAGCACACGCUGCUCCUUAGCCACCAUUGCAUGGUACAGUUCGCCGGACAGUCGAACAAUAAGGUACUGCAUAAUUGUGUUCAAUUUGCCGCAGCGUAAUCGUAGCUCCAUCGAUUACACGAACUACUGUCUCGACUUUGGAAGGCGCGUGGUGCAGCAUCCGCUAUUUCAAUCCAUUAAAUGCGUCGAACGUUCAAAGAGUUCGCCACUCGAAACGCACACCAUAUUCAAUCUGACACCAGGUGAAACAUACCUCAUCUAUGUAACGGCGAAUCUCAAUGAGGGCAGACCGCUGCCCUACCAAACGCUGCGGAUCACAAUGGGUCGUCGUUGCAGCAAAGAACUACUCGAUUCGCGAGAGCCCACCACAUACUACUGAUUGCGCGGACACCGAGGUUCCUACGCCGCAUAACGUGAGCGACAAUGGCGUGCAAUUAACUAAGACAAGGUUGCAAUAUGCAUUUGCUAAUGUCUACAGCUACAACUACAACUAUUUGUAUUCUCAAUUAUGUGCAGCUUCUGGCCGGUUGAAUUCACUCGUAAGUGAGCUUUAACGUAUGCCAAAUGAAAAUCGCACAAUUUCGCUUGUAAAAUAUAUACAAAUACACCCACAACCGCUAUAUAGUAUAUAAGUGAGUAUAUGUUUACUUAUAAAUAUAUAUACCAGACAGCAGGUAAUUGCCAGUUCAACAAGCUAAGCGCUAAAAGACGUAAGCCUCCGCCAUUGAAAUAUUGCUAAAUAUAUGUACAUGAAUGUAGUUAUUAAUAUGCAGGAUAGUUAACGGUAUGUGUUGCCUACAUUUAGGCGAGUGGUAUAGCUAGUGGGAAAAUAUAUGAAAUCUAGUAUGGGCAUUAACAUUUUUUUCUAUAAAUAAUUUGCGUUUUUAAUGAUUUUUUUCGCUUAUCACCGUAAGGCUCCACCUGCCGCCGAAAUAUAUAUGGCUUAUUUGUUAAGAUAACGGUAGCAAUUAUUACUGAAGAAUGUCACUCAAAUGCUGUCAGUCUAUUAUCUAUUAAGACAAAAGUAUAUUUUGCGGAAAAUUUAGUAUAUUCCUUUAUUCAUAGCAUACCAUCAGGCGCCUAUCAUAAGAUCUGCAUUUGAACUUUUUGAAUACAGGGAUUAAUCCAGUAGUUUUUGAGAUAUCGAGCUGAAAUUUUGCACAAGUUUAUUUCUUCAUAAGGAGCUUAUCAUUUCUCAGAAUCGCUGUUAUCGGAUCACUACAGCGUAUAGUUGCCAUACAAACAGGACGAUCAGCGUGAAGGUUUUGUAUGGAAAACUUUUUCAUUUGUUGAGAUAUCUUCACGAAAAUUGGCACGUAUUAUUGUCUAAUGCAAAAAUAUUAUUUCCUAAAAAAUUAUUCAGAUCGGACCACUAUGGCGUAAAGCUGCCAUACAAACUGAUCGUUCAAAAUCAUGUUCCUGUAUGAAAACUUUUUUAGUUUACAAGACAUCGUGACCAAAUUUGACACAGAUUAUUUUCUAAGGCAACACCAUAAUUUUCUUUGAAAUUAUUCAGAUCGGAUCACUAUAGCAUACAGCUGCCAUACAAACUGACCGUUUAAAGUCAAUUGCUUAUAUGGAAAACUUUUUUAUUUCACAACACAUCGUCACCAGAUUUGGCAUAGAUUAUUGUCCAAGCUAACGGUACAACCUCCGAGCCAAUUAUUCAGAUCGGACCACUAUAGCAUAUAGCUGCCAUACAAAUUGAUCGUUCAAAAUCAAGUUCUUGUAGGGAAAAAUUUUUAUUUGUGAAGGCUAUUUGUCUUUUCUUUCUGUUAAGCUCUCUCCUCGCGUUCCAAAUAUUGGCAUACACAUAUACACCUGCAUACAUACUACAUUUUCCCACUGGGCAACCACUCGAAAUAGCCGCUAAGUUAUAUAAAACAUAAUGUAAUAUUUCAACUAGUUUAGCUUUAGCUAUUAGUUAGCUUAUUAGUAAAAGAGAAUCGCAAGUUCACUGCGGUACCGAGUACCGUACCACUUUGCAAUCCUAAGUUCAAAUUUGUUUCGUAAGCCUUAGCUUGGUAAGCAGCAUAGUUUUAGUGCAGGCCUUUGCUAUACUAAGUACUUCCUAAGCUUGUAGUGUUAGCUACUUAUUGUGAUGUGUUAAGUUUAGCUCUUUAUAAUGUUGUUGUAAUAUUGUAACUUUGUUAAGCGUAUUUUAUAUUUGUGUGUGUUAUGUUGCGCUGCUGAAUGUCUAACUUCAUUUUUUACGUAAUUAAACUUAGCUGAAACGUAAUUAAGUAACUGAAGCUUAAAACGCUAAAAUUUGCAAUGAAAAAACGAAACAA